UCACUCUGAGUGAAAAGUAACUCUCUUCUCAAAUAAGAGAGUGAAAUCAACAGUCCAUAUAUGUUUUUGAUGAGAAAAUAAUGAAUCAAUCAAUCAAUCAAUCAAUAAAGCUUAUCUGUAUAGCACACUUCAGACACAAGGCAGUUCAAAGUGCUUUACGUCACAAAAAUACAGUCAUAAAAAAACAACAUACAGUCAACGGUUGAGAAAAACAGUUACAAACAUUACGUUUUGAUGUGUGCCAUCAUCAAAAUAAUCAAUACACAUCAAAUAUGUUGGUCAAUGUUUCAUUUAUUAUUAAUCAAAGGCAAAUCUGAACAGCUGCGUUUUUAGCCUUGUUUUAAAGGAGCUCCGUGUUUCAGCUGUUUUGCCGUUUUCUGGAUGUUUGUUCCAGAUUUGUGGUGCAUAGAAGCUGAAUGGUGCUUCUCCAGGUUUGGUUCUGGUUCUAGGGAUGCAGAGCAGAACCAGAAGACCUGAGAGGUCUGGAAGGUUGAUAGAGCAACAGCAGACCUUUAAUGUCCUGUGCUAAGUCAUUCAGUGAUUCAUAAACUAACAGCAGCAUUUUAAAAUCUCUGAGCUACAGGGAGUUAGUGUAAGGACUUUAGUUUUAGUAAGAAUGCCAGCAGCAGCAUUCUGGACAUAAUGUGAUGUAAAACUUGGGGGGGGAGAAAGAAAACAAAAGAAACCUGUAAAUAAAUUGGAGACCAGGUUAUUUUUUUCAAUUGUUUGGCUUUAUAGCUGAUGUAAAGCAGAGUGAUUAAAGUUGUUGCCAACUUUCAUUUGAUUCAUUUAAUAUCUGCAGACAUGAGUAAACUUUUGACAUUAAAUUGCAGCUGUUCACAGCAACAAAUUAUCAUUUUCUCUUAUUUUUCAGUUGUAAAUAAAUUACAAUAGAUAUGUUUUAGGUGACAACCUAUGAAGAAGCUUGUUGGUCUGUAGGUCAUAAGCAGCAGAUUAGCUUUAUGCCCCAGAGCAGCUCUUCUCUGAAGAAUCUCAUUAUGCCUGUGGCAUGUGCACCUUUUGCUACCACACGUUUUCCUUCCACUCAAUCUUCCAUAAAUGUGGAUUGAUGCAGCACAGCCACCUUCUUUAGCAAUGACCUUUUGAGAUUUACGACUGUCUGUUGGACAAAUGUCAAGCCAGCAGGCUUUCCCAUAAUUGUUUAGGCCAUACCAAAACAUAUGUCAAAAAUCUUCCUUUUUUUUUUAUUGGUCCUAAAUUCUGGGUUUUUAUUACCUUUUACAGUUAAGAUAAACAGAAUUAAAAGGGUAAAAUGUCAUCCUGUGUGAAAGAAAACAAAAAUCUUUCCCCCAUCUACGUAGCAAGUGACGUUCACCUUUAGAAUAAAAUUACCGACAUAAACCAACUUUUUCGAUUAUUUGCUAAUUCAUCGACAUGCUCCUGUACUGCGUCCAAUUCGGUUCGCAUUGUAAGUGAGCGGCCCCAUCACCCAGCACUGGCAAACACGAGUAGCCUAUUCAUUAUUCAUGUCAUUGCAGUUGCCCUGUUAUGAUACAGUCCUGUUUGGAGUGGGCUACCUGAUUUGUUCAGCGCGUCCGUCAAAGCAGUGAGUGGCCCUGCGUCGGCUGGCUGUGCGCGCUCAUAGGUCGGGCAAAGAAGAAUCACAGGAGGAGGGGGGCAGAGUCAGCACAGUGCGCGCCUACGAGACUGCGCGUCGCAAAGGAGGGGGAGAGGUCCAGCUGCAAAAGAAAAAAAAACACAUAAAAAAGAAAAAGCAGGGAAAAAAAAUGAAAAAGGAAGGAAAACACGGCGUGACAAUGGCAACAGCAAGCUUUCAGUGAAAAGAAGAACAGACGCGAGGGGAGGGGGCGCCGCGAAGCAGGAGUUUCAGAGCAGACGGCCGCUUUGCUUGUCCCGAGAAAAGAGGCGACGUCGGGACAUGCUGGCGGCUCUGUAGCGCGUUUCCUGGAAUACGAAUCCUUCAGUGGCUGAGCAUAAUGGAGCGGCGGCGGAGAGGAGAGCCGCACUGUCUCCAUCACUGAGGCGCGUCCACCUGCUAUUACUGGAGGCCCGGGCUGCUGCUGCUGCUGCUGCUGCUGGUGGUGGAGGUGGUGGAGGGUGGGAUAUGCAGGGGAAGUGUUUGCAUUUCGGGGAAAGACGCAUCUUCUGAUACUGUCCAGAGCGCCCGAGAAGGAUCCCAUUGCGACAGGGGAGAAAAACCGCGGAAACGGGGAGGAAAAACGCACAGCCACUCCGGAGGUGGGACCGUCAGAAUGAUGUGUAGGUGGAGCAGCGUUGAGCCGUAUUGAUGGAUGUGCUAGCAGACAGCAGUCUCACAUUGAUUGUGAAGACUUCAGAACCGGAAAAUGCAAAUAUUGUGGAAAAUACAGAGGUAUGUGAACAGAGCGGUGAACUGAGUCUGUGCAGACUCGUCGAUGCUGCGCUCCCUCCUGCCUCUUCACCUCCUCCUGCUGCAGAGACACCACAGCAGGUCUUCUCAACCCACCAGAGGACCGCUCCUGCAUCACCACCACUCCCUCUAGCCCUUGGUGGUGACCUCUCUCUGACUCAAGCAGUGGCACAUUGCCCUUCGUCCAGUGAUGCUCAGACUAUAGACCCCCACCUUCAACGUGCUCCCACAUCACUUCCCCACCCAACUGCAGGCUCCUGGGCCCUAACGGGAGAACCACAGAAAACAUCCUCUCCGCUGACCAUUACCCUCCCACUGCCUAAUACAAUAAUGGAGGCCAGCGCUGUGUCUGCACUGACAGAGGAGUGUCUUCUCCAGCCUGCCCGAACCUGUCUUGGCUGCCUAAUUGAAACCCGUGAUGCUACAGAUCGCAGUUCCAUCCAGAACCCCCCAACAAACCUCAACACCAAUCCUGAUGUGGAUCCAGGGCUCAGCGUACGGAUAGGGGAUGUGAGCCGAGAGGACUUCUCUGACAUUAACAACAUCAGCAUUCAGUGUCUGAGCCACGCAGGAGAGCCAGCGAGUCACUUUGGGGAACAGCUCCUCUCUGACCAGCUACUAAACUUUCCUCUUCCCAAAGCCCCAAGUGAAGUCAAAAGAGCAGAGGAAAAUAAAUCCACUGUGGACUGCGAUGACCCUGCAGAUGAUACUACAGCUAAGAACUUGUAUGAGGGCCUGCUACUAGAUAAAGUUAGUGGAGAAGAAGUUCUUCUGGCUAAUGCUGGUCAGGACUGGGGCUACUUUGAGUCCUUCAUCAGCGAGAGCAAAAUGGAACUGCUAGAUCUUUGCUCCAAGAACGAACUGUCUGUCAACCUGUUCUCUGAGGAGGAUGUCGACAAUUUAUUUGACGAUGAAGACGAUGAUUCAACACUAAGCAGUGACGUCUGCUCACUUAAGAUUCGCUAUGAGUCUUUCCAGGACAACAUGAGGGAAAAAACAAAUGUGCUCCAGGAGGAGACUCAGUUCAACUUCUUCCCCAGUGUGCUGGCCAACUGUGCCAAGAAAGAGGAAGGAGCGCCAAUAUUGAAGAGGAGCACUGAGGAGAUCCAGUCCAAAACUGAUGAGCUCAUACUGGAGGCGGCACAGGAAGGGAGAGGUGGGGACAGCAGUGGUCGGAGCCCACUCGAUGGCUCUCAAGGCUCCCCCAUGUCCGCCUCCAAAGUGAGCUACCUAAUAGACUUCAAUUCCACAGAGGAGUCCGGAGAGUUCAGCGAUGACAGCUCCUGUACUGGCUCCUCCUCAGACACCCUGCAGGAGGGCAAGUUUAAAAAGGGUCACUCAAAGAGAUUUCUCAGUCCCUCAAACCCUCUCAACUAUGGCCUGCGCUCCAAAAGAAAGGUGCGAUACAGUGAAGAUUACUUGUAUGAUGUUGACUCGCUUGAGAGUGAAAAGAACGCAGAGAAAAAGGAGAAAGGUCCCACAGGUCAGAAAGAAGAGGAGGAUGUGGAUUGGUGCCCUAAGAAACGCCGAAAAUCCUGUCGGAAAGAGCCGCCUGUGGUCAUCAAGUACAUCAUCAUCAACAGGUUCAAAGGAGAGAGACUCAUGUCGGUGAAACUGGGCAAGCUGGACCCUGUGGAUGGAACAGUAAGUCUAAAUGCCGACACAGUAAGCAAAUAUGAAAUACUGGCUCCUCUCAAAGAUUUCUGGCAGGAGAAGCAAAGACAGAGACAGGAACAGCUUAAGCUGGCUGCCAGAGAUAAACAGCAACGUGGUUUUCAUCUAAACGGACGCCACCAUCGGCCUUUCAGUUCCAGUCACCCCAAAAGGAAAUACAAGAUUGCCAACAGGCUUAAGGUUCACAGAAUUCAAACUGUGGAGCAAUCAGCAACAACACAGGGUUCCCCUCUCUCUGAUCAGAGCCAUGCAGGUGUCACUAAAGAGGACCCCACCCCCACGGCAGGAGGAAUAAUAACAGCCACAGGCCUCCCUGUCACAUUAGACUCAAGCUCCAUAACGCACACAAUCACAACCAAGAGCCGCUCUCAGGAGAGGGAAGAGAGGGAAGCGAGGAGACUGGGAGGAAAAGUCAGGAUAAGGAAAUUCAAAAGUGAAGCCAGGCUAAGGAGCACGAAAAUGAAAAAGGCAGAGGGAGAGGAGGGGAGGAGUGUGACAAAUGAAACGGAUGCCUGUGUCAGUGCUGCACAGAUUGAGGAGCCUGCUGCUGGGUUAGAACAGGCAGCCGUUAGUUCAACUACAAUCAAACCCCAUUUCUCUGACAAUGCCACCAAUGCUCAUGCAUCCGAGGAGAAAUUUCCCUUUGUCUCCUCCACCUGCUCUCCCGACAAAGCACCUUCCUCAGAAGAGGUGGAGACAAGUGUCCCUGUCAUCCCUGGGGGCUACCUGCAGACCCUGUUAGAUGCUACAGAUUCUUCUGGUGGAGCAGCUAUCUCUUAUUUCCCCCAGCAGACCUCCAGGCAACAGUAUCCUCUGGGGCUGUCCCUGGAGGAGAAGCAGUUUUCCUCUCUGCAGCUUGCCCAGAGCUGUGUGCUCUCGCCCCCCUCUGAGUCGGAGCUCCAGCAGUCUCCUCAGAACUGCCCCAGCUUUCCCCAGAUGUGGCACCCACAGCUCUGUACAAAUCACAGCCAGAGCUUUGGGCCUGAGACCCCCGAGACUCCGAUCUUACCCAACAACUUCCCAGCUGCUGUUGUGCCCCUGAAUGACAGCUUGCGAGUGUCUGACUACAGCCAGCUGAGCCCCGAGGCUGACAGGCUGCUUUAUGAGAAGAGCUACCUGACUGAGGCGGGGCUUCAGCCUGGGGCAAAUCUGCAAGCAUGUCAGUCUGCCUGCGUGGAGGGCCAGGUGCAAUACCAAAGAGGGUCCCUGUGCACAGACAAUGGUAGGCUCAUCAGCUAUGACUCAGUGGGCUCCCUGUCAGCCUCCUCCAGCAAUUACAGCUCUCUCAGCCUCAAGUCUUGUGAACAAGAGGGUGAGGAGGAGGGCCGAGACAGCUUCUUAGCUCAUUGCAGCCCUAAAGUGGUGAUUCAGCAAAGUGUGGAUGCCCUUACCCCUCUCAGGGAGUCCUCAGACCUGCUGGAUAUCUCCAACUUCACUCCUGACAAGUUCAGACACUCAUCACUGUCAGAGCUUUCUCCUCCUGAGACCCCCAACCUGUCCCCCCAGGUGGUGGGGCGUGAAAUGAAAAUGGCAGGGAAUGUUGGAGAGUACCAGGAUGUUACCGAUAUGACUAUAGACUGCAAUAGGGAGGUGAAGUGGAACUGUGAACCUAUACAGCAACAGGAGCACACAACAAAUGCAUAUACAGUGGAGGAUGGCCAGUUUCCCCUGCACAACUUCAAUAAUCAGGAUGUCGGAAGCUUGGAUAAAAAGGAGCUGGGAGAGUUUGAGGAACAGACAGGUGCAAAAAGCAUAAAGUCCAAGAGGAAAGGCAGCUGCAAGCAGACAGCCACAGGGCAAAGCCCAAAGAAAAGCCGGGCUCCUAGAGCUCCCAAGUCCGAAAAGGUCAAGACUCCCAAACAGAAUUCUCGGUCGACCAAAAAGAUAAAGGCCAUGUUAGAGGGCAAGGCAGCAAAGAAUCAGGCAGGUGGCACAGGCCUAAGUGACAGUAACAGCACUGGGGACUGGCCUGGCACUGGCUGGUCAGAGAGUAACAGCCUACUAGGGGAUGACCAGAGAGAAUUUGAGGAACCCUCCAAUAUUCUGUCCAACAUUGUUUCUGGCAUGGCCGAAGUCCAACGGUUCAUGAUGGCUUCCAUCGAGCCUUUGUGGAAUCCCAUGUCUGAGGCCUGCACGCCCUCUGAGGCCAACAGCCUCAACCUAAAGACUCUCAAAAUUUUGGCAGGUACGGAGGCUGACCUGAAAAAGAAAGGAGCCGUACUAACGGGGGCCGGCAGAGGUAGGAAGGCGGGUGGAAAGGGAGGAAAGAACCAGGCCAAAUUCAACCCAGCUCUGUUCCCUCAGCUCGCGCUGGGCUGCAACAUGUUUGACAAACCCAGUUUUAUUAACCCCGGGCCAGCACACAAAAAGCUCUACCGCCACAAGACCAGUGCAAAGUUCCCUCGGAUUGAGACACUGAAAGGAAAGCGAGCUGAGAGAGACCCAAAUAAGGACAUAGCACUGAUGACUUCUUUUGAAAAACUGAGGUAAUAUUUUGUUAUCAGCUGCUGUUGUUUCCCUCCUUCUCACUCCUCUCCCCACUACCUGCUCAACCCUCCCUCCCAAACAUACCUACACUGAUGCUAUGCCAGAGCUGCAUGAGUACUUCGUUUCCCCUGACUACUCCCACUUCCUUUUAACACCCCUGAAGAGGAAAUGAUUAUCUGCAUGAAAAAACUUCUUGUACUUUGCAAACUACCUAUUGAGUGAUUGUGUCAAGCUUGAUUGAGAUUUGAAACGACCAUGGCUGCAUUUUUUUUCUUGCUUUUGUUGUUUCUUGCUUUGUUUGUUCUUCUUAUAGUUGUUUUUGUUUUACUUUUGUCUGAAAAAAAAAGAAAAUAAGCCUUGAAAACAGUUCUGUCGCCUUUUUGAGGAACUUCGUUUUUGUAUUUUCUAAGCAGAACUAUCUCCCUUGAAUUAUAGAUUUAUUUUGCUUUUCCCCUAAAGAUGUAGCUAUAUACACAAAUGCAUUGAGUGACAUCUACGCACCCCAUCCCCCUCCUCAUCUGUUUUUGUAUGCAGAAUAUGGAUGUCCUGUUGUUGCUGUCCUUCAUACACUGCCUGGCUCAUUUCAAGAGGGGAACCUACUGUGUAUGAGCCCUAUUUAAGAGCGAGACAUCUUGAACACAAAAGAUGGGACCAUUUUGUAUUGAUGACAUAUCAGACGUCUUUUUUUUUUCUUUCUCUCCUCAAAGUUGGACUGACUCCCCAUUUCCUGUUAUUGAGUGUUUCGUUUACUUCUGGAGUUGAGAAGAACUGGUUAUCUAAAUUUACAUUUUUACGCCUUGCAAAUUCAUUAAAGCUCCACCCUCAGAGUAUUUUUGUCAAUGUUGUUGUACAGGAACAUGCAAUAUUUGCAAAAAAAGAUGAUUAUAAUCUUAAAAUCGAUGUGCCAAAAGUAACAAUGCUGUGUAAAUGACCUCUUAUAUAUGUGUGAAUAUUGGCUGUUCCUCUUUUCUAUCCAUUGGAAUAUUGGCUGCUUAGGUUGGAGACUCCUUACAGAGACUUGCAACUAUAGGAAUUCCUUAUUUGAGACUUUUUCUCUCUUCUCUGAUGAAAGGCACCAACAGCUGGCAGUGGUACACCGCCACUCACAAAACCAAAUCAGAAAGACUCUGAAUUCUCCUCGUCCCCCCCCCCCAACUUUGUUUGCCAAAUUCAAUUUACCUCAACAUCGCCUGGCAUGGAGAAGCAACAAAAGAGAGACAAAGGGGAGAUCCGCUCGUAGAGGAAGGAUUGGGUGAAAAGAGAGGUUCAAAUGACCUCUAUCUGGACCAAGAGGCAUGUAGUGGAAAUGUUUGAGGGUAAGCAGGUAAAUGACUUGUUGUUUGGGGUUGCGCCUUGCUGAGUAGCUGUUUGUACUGGAAAUUCAAGUCAGAUUAUCAUUCGUAGAGAUUCUGAUGCAUGCAUCAGCCGUGAAUGGACAUUUUUGCAGUUCGGUUUAUUGUGAAUGUGAAAGCAGUUUUCAGUACAAAUGGUAUCAGUAGUCUUGUAAAUGAAGGAAAGCAUGUCUUUGCAUUCACUCCUCAUAGAAACUUUUAUUUCUUUCUUGCUUGGAAAGGUAAUUUAAACGGAAACUUUUCUUAACAUUCCCAUACAGUUUAUUUCUUAACAUUGCCUUACUUUAUAAGUUGCACUUCUGGUGUUGCAUAACAUCUGGUUUAUUUUAUCUUGUCAAAACUUUUACUUCUUUCUUUGUUUACAGUGACAUAUUUUGUUUUCAAAAAGCUUACCUGUAACUGCAGUCCAUGAAAAAAUAUUGUGACCAGUAGACAUGGGCCGGUAUGAGAUUCUCAGAGAAUGAUAAUCCUAUUUAAAAUUACAAGUUAUACUGUAUCACGAGGUAUACGCAAAAACAUAAAAAGAAAUUGUAUAACAUAAUUUAAUUUCAUUUAUUUAAAACAAAAAAAGAACAGUCAUCAUUGCUGCUAAAUUUGAGUAAUGUAAUAUAAUAUAAAAAAGUUAUUUUAAUUUCGGUUUUGAUACUCAGAGGAAAUAUAACUACCCAAUAAAUCUAUUUGUAGUUUCUACAUGGUUAUUAGAACAAUAUUAAACUCUUUUGUCAUUUUACUCCUUAUAGAGUUACACAAUUAUAACAAGCUGAUAAUAGUUUGUAAAAUAAACAGACUAUCCACUCAUGUAGCUAGCUACAGAGAGGCUGAUUGGAUCUUGCCAAAUCGAGUUUUUAAGCAGGGUUACCUUAAAUGUAUAAUUAGAUUUUUAUGAGCUUAUAAUUCUGUGAAGUUGUUUUUAGCAAUAAUUAUCUGCAUCAGACAGAUGCCACAUCACAGAGAGUUUGUAACAAAUUGAAGAAAUCUACAGAUCGGUCUAACAGCUGUAGGAGGAACUCCCAGUUUUAGUGGACUUUAGAAUUAAGAAUUUUAAUAUCUUUGGGAUAAACCACUGUAUUAUUAAAUAUCACAUGUUAAGUUUGUCUCCGUUUCCCACUUGAACGACUUCUUUUCAAAAAUAACAAUCGUUAAGUCUGAUUACUUUGUCGAUUAGCCUUGAUCGGCUGCAACUAUGCUUUAAGUUCACAGAGAGUGGACUAAACUUCUGGAUUUUGUCAACAGGGUUGUAGAUGAUACCAUAUUGUGCUUUUCCAGGUGUUUAGAAAAUACUUCUGUGAUAUCAGAAGAUCAGGUAUACCCAGCAGACUCCACAAAAUAACUUGGUUGUAUUGUUGCCUCAUAUGCCAUUGUGUCCCACAAAUUUCAAACAUUUUCAGAUUCAGUUGUUUGAAAUUGCUAAUGACAUGGUCAGGGUCCCUGAGUAGCUCUUAUCCGACCUCUGGUCUGAGAAUUUUGUCACGUUUUCUUUCUAACUCUGAUACAAACACUAUCUAACACUGGUAAGGGCACUAUUACUGAUAAUAACUUUGCAGACCCUCACUUUAAAAAAUAAUGAAUCAUUCAGUUCAUAACAGUGACAGGUGGCACUCUUUUAGUUUCACACUGUGUUUUGCACAAGACUAUUUACUAAACUGCCAAAUCUGUCUGUCUUGUAAGCUGAGAAAAGGUGUUGUAGCCUUUCAGCUAGCUAACGCCAAGGUGCAGCAAUGGAUGGGGAAGGAGCAGCAGCUCUAUAUUACUAUAUUUGAAUAACACUCCUGUUUCUCUGGCACUUUCUGUAUCACCUCAUCAAUAAGACUUUUCAUUGUAGCAUUAGUAUGACAGAAAAUGUUUCAGCAGUUUCUAAUAUCGAAACAUUUAAAUACCUUACUAUACCAUACUAUAUCAGCAACCGGCCCAUGCCUACUUUACUAACCAGUAAAGCAUGACCAUCCAUGGCAAGAAAUAAUUUAAUUAACUUAUUUCACUGCAGAGAUUUUGACCUAAAUGUGCAGAAAAAAUAAAAGUCCGUUAAGAAAGCUGCAUUCUAUUUAGAUGAAGUUCUGGUUUUGCACACAUUCUGCCUAAACAUCACGCACAGAUGCAGAAGAGGAAUGCUGCCCUCCGUAACACAUGUCUGUGUUCAGCACAUACUUAAGUCAUAAUUUCUGCUGUGUACGCACACCUCAUUGCUGUCAUCUACUUUGGGCUCAUUCACUACCUCGGAGCACCAAAAAGGUAUAGAAAUCAACCUUAAAAUAGACCUAACAAUCAUAUUUAAUAAGUAAUAAAAUCUUUGGAUUUUAUUCAAUAAAUCAGCUUCAGGAUGAGUUCAGAGCCAAUCAAACUGUAGUAGACUAUCUUUUACACAGAUCUACUGAAGCCUAUACGUUUUCUCUGUUUUGAACAAUAUUAUUUUGAACACAGAAGUAAUUACAUGAGAGUGCAUGGAAAUGUACGGGCAAACUGAUCGAUUGAUUUAAAAACAGGCUUUGUCACAUUGAAUAUGGCAAUUCUGACACAGGUUAUAGAAAUUGAUUGCUUGCAUAUGGCAAGGAUCAUAAUCAAUCUUUUUGUGUCUCUUUUUCUCCGUCAUGAUCCUUUGUUUAUUUUCUAUAGUGUAUCAGGGUUAGGACCAAGACAAGCUGCUGAUGGGAAGCUCCACAUGGGUCAAAGGCCCAUUUAGUCUGCCUUCUCUCAUUUCUGCCUAUUGUCAAAUUGAAUGUAUUUCUCUGAGUUCAUCUAAAUUUUUAUUUUGAAAAAAUUACUUUUUUUAAAAAUUAUUAUUUCUAAAAUGUGCCACUGUUGAGCUGCCUCAUGUUAAUGGUGCUAAGAAAGCAGAAAAUUAAUUUCUUUAAUGUUUGGGUUUGACUUUUUUUUCCCAGAGUUAUCAAAAAAAGAAAAAAAGAAAUGCAAAACACAUUAGGUACCUAACCCUGUUUAUGAAUGUAUAUUACAAUGUUAUGUUAUGUUUGAUGUAUUCACUUCAUGAUUCUUUGACACUGAUUGGAAUUACUUUUGCUCUUUUCAUUAAAAGAUUACCGAGCUUUAUAUAUACUGUCUAGAGUUGUUACCAGAAGGAAUCUUAAUGAACUCUUGACACUACAAAAUCUUGUAUAUUUUUUGUGUGCCAAUUUGUAACAUAUUUUGUAAGUGUAUAUUUUUCUUAGAAAGUGCUGUGAAGUAUUUGUGUGUGUGAGUAACCUUUUAUGCGCCUCUGUGGGCAGUGGAAAGGAUAUACAGCAACACGUUUCUGGUUUUGAAAACCAAAAUAUGAAAGUAUCAACAGGAAAACUAGAAAUAUCUACAUUUUGUUGGGAGUUUUGUAAUAAGACCAUGAUCUUGUUGUGAGAGUGUUGUGUUACUGUGCAAAACACAAAUAAGCAAAGAAAAAAAACAUGAAAACUUGGGGAAAAAAAAUAUAAUUUGUGAACAAUUUGCUGUUUUAUAGAUUUUCAUGUAAAUUAUUUGAGUAUUAUUUUUGUUUUUUUGUUUUGUUGUAACUGUUGCAAAGGUUUUAAAUAUUUGUGAUCAAGCCUGUAUGGUGAUAAUGUAAUAUUGGUAACUUGCUGAGUUUUGUAAUAUUGUUUAUGGAGUAAAUAUACAAAUUAAAAUAAGAUUUUGAAUGCUGCUUUCUGAAGAGA